AUGGCCCGGAACACGCUGUCCUCGCGCUUCCGCCGGGUGGACAUCGACGAGUUUGACGAGAACAAAUUCGUGGACGAGCAGGAGGAGGCGGCGGCGGCGGCCGGCGAGCCAGGCCCGGACCCGAGCGAGGUGGAUGGGCUCCUGCGGCAAUAUCCUUCCCCGGCGCGGCGUCUCGGGCUCCCCUGUGGCCCAGCCUUCCCGCUCCCCUCCUCCCGGCCCCUCGGGCUGGCUCCCCACUCCUCUGAUCCCCGGCCCCCUCGGGUCAGUCUCCCAACUCUCCUCCGACCUGGCUCCCUCCCGGGCAAGGUUCCGUGA